GACAACCGGCAGAGCAUCCAAUGCCUAAAGCCUCUAUAUGCAUACUUUACUUCCUUUCCUUCCAUUAGAUAUCUCUUCUCUUUCUCCCACUCUAUAUUGUUUUCCUAUAUAUAAACACAUAUAUUUGGACUUGCCUUCAGCUAAUAGUUGGUGGGUUGUUGUUCAUCUUCAAAAACUCGAAGCAGAAGGAAAGAGAGAAAGUCAUAACAAAAGCCAUAAACUGGUGGAAAUAAUUUGGUUCUUUGGUUUUACCAUGUCUGGGUUGGCUGCAGCUGGAGUGGAGGAAAGGGAAAGUGAGCCCAAUAGUGAGUAGUAUAAAGCAGAGGUUGAAGCUUAAACCGAUGCCGUUUAAUAUAGUUCAUGAUGUUGAUGGAUUGCCCAGGAUUAUCUUGACUGACCCUACUGGUUCAUCAGCUGAGGUGCUACUGUAUGGCGGGCAGGUUGUUUCUUGGAAGAAUGAACGCAGAGAAGAAUUACUCUUUAUGAGCAGCAAGGCUGUUUGGAAGCCGCUUAAAGCUAACAGGGGAGGUAUACCAGUCUGUUUUCCACAGUUUGGAAAUCUUGGUUCACUGGAAAAACAUGGUUUUGCAAGGAACAGAUUGUGGUCAUUGGAUAGUGAUCCUUCACCUUUGCCUCCAGUAAAUAGCCAGUCAUCAGUUGAUCUGAUAUUGAAGUCCACAGAAGACGAUUUGAAGACCUGGCCACGUAGGUAUGCUUCAAAUAGUGCAAAACACGCAAGACUAAAUAGAGGCUAUGGUCAUUUUAUAUUAUAUGUAUUUCACCUCGUGGUUUUUUGCAGCUUUGAGUUGCGGCUUCGUAUUUCUCUGGGUCCUGGCAAGCUCACUUUGAUCCCUCGUGUGAGAAAUACAGAUAACAAGGCCUUCUCUUUUACAUUUGCGCUGUGCAACUACUUAUCUGUGUCAGAUAUCAGUGAAGUGCGGAUUGAGGGCUUGGAGACUCUCGAUUACUUUGAUAAUCUAAUGCGCAAAGAAAGGUUUACUGAGCAGGCAGAUGCAAUCACAUUUGAUGCUGAGAUUGAUAGAGUAUAUCUGAGCACUCCUUCAAAGAUUGCUAUUAUAGACCAUGAGAAGAAGAGAACCUUUGUGCUGCGAAAGGAAGGCAUGCCUGAUGCAGUUGUGUGGAAUCCUUGGGACAAAAAGGCCAGAGCUCUCCAAGACUUGGGAGAUGAGGACUACAAAACCAUGUUAUGCGUGGAUUCUGCUGGUAUUGAAACCCCAAUUAUCUUGAAACCUUUUGAAGAGUGGAAGGGCUACCAAGAGCUCUGCACUGUGUCGUCAAGUUAUUGCAGUGGGCAGUUGGAUCCGAGGAAGGUUCUUUAUGGCUAUCAAUGAUCUCUCUCAAGUAAUAAAUGGAGGAAAUCUUCUUGUAAGUUAUAAAAACCAUCUUAUUUGAUGUAAUAUAUAUAUAUAAAUUAUCUCUUUUUAUUGUCUUUAGGAUGCUAUAAGGUGAGAUUUAACUAGUUGCAUGUGCUAGUUGACUAUCACAUUUGAGGUGAUACUGUCACAUUGUUAACAGAUGGUUCUUUCAUGUUAAGAUUAUAGUUAAAUGAGUGGGUUUGAUGAUA